AGUACUUGUGACUGCAAACAGUACAUUUGCCUUGGCUCUCUCUCCUCUUUUUCUCUCUUGUCCAUUUCUAUAUCUUCCAAGCCUCAAAGAAAUGAACUCUGCUUCAAAGGUCUAUCUCCUAGCCUCUCUCCAAGUUGAACCAAGGUUAGUGCCGAGCUCUCUCUCUCUUUGAGCUUCUCUGAAGGGAUUUUUUUGACUAUAUAUCCUCUGGUUGGGUGUCUGUAAAAGUAGUUUCAGUGACUUAGAAUUUUCAUAAACCCUAAUGGAACGUCGGUGUAAAUCCAAAAAAGUUGAUUUUUUGAGCAAUCUUCCGGACACCCUAUUCCAUAAAAUUCUUUGUUUGCUUGAUAUUAGGGACGUUGCGUGAGUUUCUUCAUUGUCUAGGAGAUGCAGACAAAUUUGCUUGUCAUCGUCAUUCUUGACCAUUGAUUUAGGAAAUUUCCAUGGCCGUAAAAAUUUUUACAAGUUUAUUGCUUUUCUACACCGGUUUAUGUCCUUGCGUAAUGGGGUCAAUAUACAUAAAUUUGAAGUAAAAAUUUGUAAUCUUAGGUCUUAAGAAGAUGUUGAAUUUCACAUGGGUAAUAGUUACUUGAGGCAACCAGGUGUACCAGUUGUAAUGCUGGAAAGAUUUGUUUGGAUUUGGAGUCCUUUAGCACUUUACUUUGCCUAGUUCUGUUUUGAAUUCUGCAUGUUUAAGAGAUUUGGAGUUGUCUAUGCUUUUGCAUGGCUUGGUAAAGUUUCCCUCUGCUUCAUUUGGGGGGCUUGAGAAUUUGACCUUGAGAAAUGUGAUGGUUUCAAGUGAGUUUUGUGACUAGAUUUCGAGCUGCAAGUCUCUGAAGAUGGUAUACAAGGAGUUGAUAUGGUAGAUGGGAUCAACAUUAGUUCUUCAUCACUUGGAGACUUAACACUUGAUGAUGAUGAUUUCCCUGAUUGUUUCAAAAUCAAAAUUCAGCGGAGAGAUUUAAAAAUCUGCGUAUAAUAUUGCCCAAUGAUGAAGAAUUUUCACAGUCACUUAUAUUACAUGCUCCAAAACUUGAAUGGUUUUCUUGGGCUGGCUGUGCUUCUAAUUACUCUUGUGAAGGAAAUGUAGAGUUUUUGUGCCAUUCUGAUAUAUCUAUAGAACAUGCUUCAAUUGCCAACAAUGAGUACGAGUCCUUGGAUAAUGGAAUCAUUGGUAAAGUUCUUCAAUCAAUGCACCGGGUUUCAUCAAUGAAUAUACGUGAUGUUUCCAUUAAGAGUUGUUGACUGAAUUUUGUAACUUGCUUUCAUUGACUCUAAAACACACCAAUGCCCUCAACGAAAUUACAUCUGUAGUUUUGUUACUCAAAUCGAUGCCACAAUUGAAUACUCUGAAAAUACUUGGGAUUCCCUAUUCCAAAGAGGAGAAGAUAAGUCAUAGGGCAGGGUAUUGAGAGUCUCAAAGUCUUCCGUUUUUCCACUCAUUGAAGGAAGUCGAAAUGGAGAUUGAGGGAAAGAACAAUGAGAUAGAGCUGAUAAAGUAUUUGCUCAAAAAUGCAAGAGCUUUGAAGAAGAUGACCAUUCUUUAUAAAGCUCUAUUAUGUAGAGAAUCUGCGAUUAGAAAGAUUAAAGAAUUCCGAAUAGCUUCUUCCCAUGUUGCUUUAUAUUUCCGUCCAGUGUAAUUUGUGAAAAGUGUGGUGCGCUUCGGAUUUCAAUCUUUUAGUUAUAGCCAUUUUCUAACAAUCGAAAAAUAGAGAUUGUGAUGUUUAAACAUGGUUAACUUUUUGUAAGAUUCACUAUAGUUGAACUUCUUGUGGAUUUUUAAGUGUAGGCAUGUAAUUGUAUGUUAAUAUUGUCUUCUAAAUUGGCUAUAUGAACUUUUGGAGCUUCACAAAACAAAUGUAGCUUUUGAGAUUCAUACAUGCUGCAGCUAUGAAUUUUCAUAUAGAAAUCAUAAUAAGUGACUGUAAAUCCUCAUAACUUAAACAUAAUCCGAAGAUGUUUUAGGUUGAUUACAUACUUCAAAUGGUUAAGGCAAACUCAGCAGCUCUGAACAAUAAGUGGAAUCUUUGUUUACAAGUUGUUUCAGUUUUGUUAUGGAUCUUGUAGCUCCUUCAUAUUUUAUUUGAUGAAAGAUCAAGAUAUCUCAAUCAAAACUAUUCUAAACAUCUUGAUGAAACAUGAACAAUGGAGAUUCUGAUGUUUGUACACCUUUAACUUUUUGUAAUUUCACUAUAGUUGAACCUCUUAUAGAUUUGUAGUGUUGGCAUGUAACUUUAUGUUAAUAUUGUCUUCUUUAUUGGAUAUAAAACUUUUGCUGCUCACGAAUCAAAUUUAGCUUUGUGAUUCAUACAUGCUGCAGAUAUGCUAUCAAUUUUCUAGCUUGAAUUUGUUAUGAAUUUUCUUAUAAAAAUCAUGAGGGACUAUAAAUCCUCGAAUUUAAACAUCUUCAGUAACAAGCUUUUUAACAGUUUGAUAAGAAUUUCACCUUAUGAGACAUUAAAGAAACAUUUGAGAGAAAAGUUUACUCUUCCCUGAUGACUAAAAUUCUGACAAAACAUCAAAUCGAAGAAAAAGAAUAACGUAUAUAGCUUUAUCCUCUUAAGACAACAAUUUAUGUCUCGUAAAAUGACAUAAACCAUUUACUUAUACAAGCGAUGUAGAUGGAUAUGGGAUGAUGAAUGGUGACAACGAUGGAGGUGAAAGUUAGAAAGCAAUAUUGCAAGGACAUAAAUUAGCAGAACAUCGUAUUAUUCUUCAUAAUAUAAGUGAUAGUGUAAAUUACACAAAUACGGUUGCAGUUUUAAAAAUUUUCAUAUAUAGCCUUUGUUUUCUGAUUAUUGUACACAACCUAUGCACAUUUGAACUAAAGUUUUGAUAAUUUAAUUCAAUUUUGAAUUCUUUUUAUUUAAACUAAUAAAAUCAGCAGGAGGCAAUGUAGUAAUAUUUGAAAUCAAGGGGUAAAAUAUAUUUAAACUUAAGUUUCAGAUAUAAUUGUGCCAAAUAGGAAUAGGAGUCUGCAUGCCAAUAGGAGAUAAGAAUAGGAUAGGAGUUCGCAUGCCAAUAGGAGUCUUCACAUUAUCUCCCUUUUUAAAGUCGUCGUCUAUAUCUCUGUUUCCUCAGAACCCUAAAGAAGCUCUCUGCUUCGAAGGUCUCUCUGAUAUAUCGCCAAGCAAUCUGGGACGAAGUUAUAGUGACGAAAAGUCUUUUCUGUGAAGGGAUUGACUACAAUACAUAUAUAUAUAUAUAUAUAUAUUGGCCCUAGUUGUCUGUAAGAACUAUAAGACAGUGAGUAGAAUUCAUAGAUCAUUAUGGAAAAGCAAAGUAAAUCAAGAAAAAUUGAUUUUUUCCGCCGUCUUCCAGACUUCAUAUCUCACAGAAUUCUUUCUUUCCUUGGUUUUAAGGACAUUGCACGAUUUUCUACACUCUCUACAAAAUGCAGAGAACUCUGCUUGACAUUGCCAGUCUUGACCAUUGAGUUAGGGAAUGCCAGUGGCAAAGAACUUUACAAGUUUAAUGCAUUUUCACAUAGCUUCACGUCGUUGAAUAAUGAGGCUGACGUACAUCAAUUUAAGGCAGAAAAGUAUGGCCAAACUCUUGGUGGUGAUCAUCACAUCGGUAACUGGAUACUCGAGGCAACCAAGUCCAAUGUUGAAAAUAUUAUUUUGCGCUUCAAUAAAUUUAAAAUCUUUAGUUUGCCUAGUGGUCUCUCGAAUUCUGCAUGUUUAAGAGAUUUGGAGGUGCGUAUGAAUCCCCAAGGCUUGCUAAAUUUGCCUACCACUUCAUUUGUGGGGCUUGAGAAGUUAAAAUUGAGAGAUGUGCGGGUUUCAACCAACUUUGAUGAAUGGAUUUCGAGCUGCAAGUCAUUGAAGAUGGUACACCUUCACGCAGUUACUUGUGUAAAUACACUCAACCUUAGUUCUUUGUCACUCGAAGACUUAAUACUAAAGGAUAUGCUUGUUGGUUCUCCUAAUUUCAAUAUCAAAGUUUCAGCAGAGAGACUUCGAAAUCUGCGUAUAGUUUGGCUCUAUGCUCCACAACCUUCACAGUCACUUACACUACAUGCUCCAAAACUUGAACAGUUUUCGUGGGGUGGACUCGUUUCUCAUUACUCCUGUGAAGGAAAUUUAGAGUCCUUGUCCAAAUCUAAUAUAUCUAUAGAUUUCAACGAUGAACGUGUAGCUUUGGGUAUCAUUGGUCAAGUAUUUCAAUCAAUAUACAGAGUUUCAUCAAUCUCUAUAUGUGAUUAUUCUAUUAAGGAAAUUUCUUCACCAGAGUUGCUGCCAGAAUUUUCUAACUUGCACUCAUUGACUCUAAAAUGCACUAAUUCCAGCAUUGAAAUCCCAUCUGCAAUUUCCUUACUCAAUUUGAUGCCACAUUUAAAUUCUCUAAAAAUAAACGGUUGUCACCCUUCCGAAAAGAUGGAGAAGAGCUUUAGUUCAGAGUAUUGGGAAUCCCAAAAUCUGAAAUUUGUCCACUCAUUGAACGAAGUAGACAUGCAUAUUAGUGGAGAGCAUAAUGAGAUAGAGCUGAUCAAGUAUUUGCUCAAAAAUGCAAAAUCAUUGAAAAUGUUGACGAUUCGUUUUAAUACACGUAUAUUACCUUGUGAACGAUCUGAGAUUAGUAAAAAGAUUCGACAGUUCCAAGUAGCUUCUUCCUCUAGUGCUAUAUAUUUCUUCAUCGACCAUUGAUGUUUCAGUCUGUGUUAUUAGUGAAAAAGACGAAAUUCGGAUGUUCGAACUGGUUAUUUUUUAAUAAUUCCAUUCUAGCUUGAAUUUCUGA